GGAAACACGCCUCGCCACAAAGAUGGAAGACGUGGCAGAUGUAAACAUUACCCGGGUCCGCGAAAACCUGUCAAACUGGGAGGAUGACAGCUCACCCUUGGCUCCCCUCACGCCGCGGGAACGAGACUCCAUCAUAGAGGUGACGGCGGGGAGUGAGUGGCGCCCGCUGCCCCUGGGAGAGGAGGGAGAGGAAGGAGAGAAGGGGGGUGGGGAGGCCAGGCAAGGCACCCCUGACCAGGGAAAGCACCGCCUCCAUGACAGCCUCGCCGCCCUCAAGCUUGGCGAGGUCAAGAUCGAGUCAAGCCAGCAGUUCCUCACGUGGUUUGCUGGAGUGGAGGGGGAGAUGUGUGAGGAGCAGGACACCCCAUAUCGGGACUAUGUUAACCAGCUGGUGAGUCACCGAGCUGAGUGCCACACCCUCCUGGCUCAGCUGGACGAGGCCCUGGCUAACCUGCAGCAGCUCUCCUCACAGUACACGAGUGUCUCCAACAAGACCAGCGCACUACACACAGACUGCGAACACUUGCUGGCGGAGCAGACGAGGCUUGCCAACAAGGCCGACACCAUCGAGAGCAAGCUGACGUACUUCAAGGAGAUUGACAAGAUAAGCCAGAAACUUAACUCUCCAGCAUUCCAGGUGACCAGUGAGGGCUUCAUUCCCCUGCUGGCCAAGAUUGACGAGUGCAUUAGCUACAUGAACACUAACAUGACAUUCCAGGAGUCCUUGCUGUACCUUGCCAAAUACAAACACUGCCUCAGUCGAGCACUGGGCAUGGUGAAAACAUAUGUGACAAAAUCACUAGAAAAUGCAACGCAACAAGUCAUCCCAAAGCCUGGCGCGGAGAAACCCACCACAGACAAUGCUGCCGUGCUGUACUAUGGCAAAUUUAGGACUAAUGCGCCUCGAAUCAAGUCACUCAUGGCAGAGAUCGAGGACAGGGUUGAGAACAGCCCAGAGUACACUAACCUGCUGAGUGAUUGCCACCAGUGUUACUUUGCACAGAGAAACAAGCUGCUGGGGCCGUGUGUGACUGAUGCAGUGGCCCAGCUGUCGCAACAGUACCAGCGGGACUACUGCUCCCUGGUGCGCAGCGGCUGUGCCUUCCUUGUGCACGUGUGUGAGGAUGAGCACGCACUCUUCCACCAGUUCUUCUCUACCACCACCCCAGAGCUGGAUGCUUUCCUGCAGUCACUGUGCACUGGUCUCUAUGAUGUGCUGCGGCCACUCAUCAUCCACAUUGACCACCUAGAAACACUGUCUGAGCUAUGCAAUAUUCUUAGGAGGGGGAUGAUCGAGGAACACCUACAGAACAACCCCACACAGCUUGCCCCUCUCACCUCCGUGGUACACCAGAUGCUGGAGGACUCGCAGGAGCGACUGGUGUACCGUGCCCACAUCUAUGUCCAGACAGACAUUGCCAACUUUUCCCCAUCGCCUGGAGACCUGGCCUACCCCAGCAAACUCCAGAUGAUGGAGAGCAUUGCCGAGAGUUUAGCUAACCAGCGGAAACAGAUGCACUCACGCAAUGCCUCCAUCUCCUCUAUGUCUUCCAUUAGAUCUGCCACCAGUGAGGAGGUUGCCAACAUAACCGGUGCGGCGGAGGAAAGGUUCUCCCGGGUGGGCACGUCCCCUGCCGACCUGCAUGGUAUGUGGUACCCAACUGUACGCCGCACCCUCAUGUGCCUUUUCAAGCUGUACCGUUGUGUGGACAGGAGCAUAUUCCAGGGUGUGUCACUGGAGGCCCUGUCAGCCUGCAUGCAGAGUCUGAGCAGAGCGUCAGCCUCCAUCAGCAAGACAUCCUCACCUCUGGAUGCUCAGCUCUUUGAAAUCAAGCAUCUCCUUAUUCUUCGAGAACAAAUGGCACCUUUCCAGGUUGAUGCAUGUCUGCAUGAGACAAGUCUGGACUGGAGCAAGGUGCGGACAGCUGCGCUGGGCCUUGUGCAGAAGAGAGGGCGUCUCUUCUCGUUGUCAUCCAAUAAUGCCUUGCUGGAGUUCAUUGUGGAGGGAACACCACAAGUGACGGAACAAAGGCUGGACUCCAAGAGGGAUCUGGAUAACCGGCUGAAGAAGUUGUGUGAGUUGCUGAUCCUUACCUGCACAGAGACGCUAUCCGGCCCCAUCACUGUGUUCCUCGCCAAGGCGGAGGUCAUACUGCAGAUGAACCGUGAGGAAAGCGUCAAGCCCAUCAUACUCAAGAACCAACCCUUUGCUGUGCCGGAGAAAACUGGCGAUGUGGUGAGCAGCUGCCUCAAGAACAUCCGCACUCACCUUCCCAACAUCCAGCGCAGCAUGCAGCUCUACCUGGCCAACCGAGACACAGAGUUCAUCCUGUUCAAGCCUGUCCGUACAAAUGUCCUCACCUCAUUCUCCAAACUCACAGAAAUCAUUGCCAGUAAUUACAACGAGGAAGACAGAACAAUAAUUGGGUGUCCGUCUCAAGAGGAAGUCUCGGCACUACUGUCAUCACUGUUCAAGAGUUAAUGAUUGUGUGUUUGUAAGGUGCGGCAUAUUUUAAAAUUUUUCUAGGACUCUGUUGGAGAGAUUGUACAUACUUAAUUUGUUUUUUUCCUUCAGAUUUAUUGCUGUGUUUCUAAGCGGGUGCAGAAUGAUGGUGUGCCGUAAUUUAAUCUGGUGAAAGCAGUGCUGUUGUUAUAUUUCACUUGCAUUGUUUGUAAGUCUAUGCAAAUUUGAGCUUGUGAGUGAUUUGUACCACACUGAAGUCCACAAUUUUGUGUGCACUGUCAGCACAACAGUUACAAUGUGUUUGGCUUGAAGAUUACCCAGAAUAGCUAUUUAUGAUAACUGUAUUCCAGCUACUUCCCUGAGUGGCUAAGCAAAUCUGUAGCAUCUUUGCUAAGGUGAAGCAUUCCUGCGCAUGGGAGCUGCAGCACAGCAGGUGGGGGGACGCCAGUUGUGAGGCAGGAAAUCUUUGAGCGCCAUUGUAACUCCCUCUAGAGUACAAGCAUCUUUGAGGUGAAAAGUCCAUGGAUGAGAUGUACCAAAGUAUGAGCUGUAAUUCAAAGUAUGCUUUGUAAUGAUGUGUAAUUAAAUUAAUUACACAGUU